AUGAUAAACAAAAGGCGAUGGACUGGUGCAGCAAGAAUGCAACUCAAAGACGAGCGAAUUCGAAUAACAAAUGAAAUUUUGUCAGGAAUCAAGGUAGUAAAACUAUACGCAUGGGAACCGGCUAUGGAAACAGCUGUGGACGAGAUUCGAGUAAAGGAAAUGGCUCUAGUGCGGAAGGCUGGUGUUGUCAAAAAUCUGGCAGACAUGUUGAACAUUUCCGCUCCAUUUCUGGUGGCUCUAACCACAUUUGCUACCUAUACGCUCACUGCACCGGGCCAUGUACUGACUCCACAAAUCGCAUUCGUUUCGCUGACACUUUUCAAUCAAUUGAGAGGUCCAUUGAUGAUGGCAGCUGAUCUCAUCUCUCCAAACUGUGCAGUAGCAGAAGAACUUUCGGAAGCAACGAUCGAUAUCGACGAAAAUGAUGAAUAUUACCACGAAUCAGCGGAAUUCUCAUCGGCCUCGUUUGCUUGGGAUCGUGACGAACCGCCACAACUUCGUGAAAUCUCAUUGAAGGUCAAGAAAGGUAGGCUACUCGCAGUUGUUGGAACUGUAGGAGCUGGUAAAUCCAGUCUACUUGCAGCUCUGUUGGGUGAGAUGGAAAAGCUACACGGCUAUGUGGGACGUCGAGGAAUGGUGGCCUAUGUUCCGCAACUACCAUGGAUACGCAACAGCACUCUUAGGGACAACAUCAUCAUGGAGAAGCCUUUCGAUAAAGCAUUCUAUGAGGAAAUUAUCGAGGCAUGUGCACUGCGGGCUGACCUGGUGCAGCUGUCCGAUGGCGAUCAAACGGAAAUCGGAGAAAAGGUCGCAAAUUUGUAA